AUGCAGCUUCUUUCACUGCUUCUUCCACAUCAUGCACAUUCUAUCAAUUGCACCACAACCGAUGAUCCUCUCCCUAUUCCUCAUAAAUUCUACCAGCCAGGUGAUGCUGUAAUUGGUGGGAUUGUUUCUCAGGUCUUCUUCCUCCAUAAUAUCCUUUCUUUUGUGGAACAGCCUGCACAAACACGGCUCGGUGAACCAAUUUCUGUACCAAAGAACUACCAACAUGUCCUGGCCUUGGCAUUUGCUGUGAAGGAGAUCAAUGAGGAUCCUCGGAUCUUACCCAAUAUCUCCCUGGGCUUCCACAUCCUCAAUAGUUACUACACACCAAGGAUGACCUUCAAGGCCAUCCUGAACCUGCUUUCCACACAGCACAGGUUUGUUCCCAACUUCAAGUGUCACAACCAGAAUAAUGUGAUUGCUCUCAUUGGAGGAUGCCUCUCUGAAAUCUCUGCCAAUAUAGCUAUUCUUUCAGCUACUCAUAAGACACUGCAGCUCACCUAUGGAUCAUUUUUGCCACCAGAAGGGGCUAAAACACAAAUGCCCUUUUUGUACCAGAUGGUUCCAAAUGAAGCACAUCAAUACCUGGGAGUUGUGAGACUGCUUCAGCAUUUUGGAUGGACGUGGAUUGGGCUUGUUGCUGUGGAUGAUGACAGAGGAAACAGGUUCUUACAGACCAUGGUGCCAAUGCUUUCCCAGCAUGGAAUCUGCUAUGAAUUUAUAGUAAGGAUCCCCAAAUGGUCUUAUAUAGAAGAGAUGAUAGCCUUGGGUAUGAAAGAUCGCAGUAACUUUGAAAUUUUAUUUGACUGCAAAGCCAAUGUUUUCUUUGUAUAUGGGGAGCCACCAUCAUUUCAAGUACUGAGAAUGUUGUUCUUUAUAGCACCCUUCUUUGAAUUUCCACCACUGGGUAAAGUUUGGAUUACUACUUCCCACUGGGAUUUUGCAUCAGUGCCUCUUCAAAGAAAUUGGGAUAUACAAACUUUCCAUGGCUACUUAUCAUUCAGUGUUCACUCAAACCAGCCCUUAGGAUUCCACAAGUUUGUGCAGAUGGUUAGACCUUCUUGGGCCAAAGGAGAUGGUUUCAUCCAAGACUUCUGGGAACAUGCAUUCAACUGUUUGCUAAGCCUGGCUGACAUGAUACAAGAUGGCAAAGUGACCUGCUUAGGGGAUGAGAAGCUCGAGGCUCUUCCUGGUAUUUUGUUUGAAAUGAGUAUGGUUGGACACAGUUAUAAUGUCUACAACGCUGUCUAUGCUGUGGCGCAUGCUUUGAACGCUUUAUAUGAAUCCAGGUUCAUACACAGAAAAUGGCUCCAUCACUUUCUAAGCACCAUCUCAUUCAAUAACACUGCUGGAGACACUGUGCAUUUUAAUGAAAAUGGAGAGCUGGUUGCAGAGUUUGAUGUUACUAACUGGCUGAUGUUCCCCAAUGGCUCCAUGGCUAGAGUGAGAGUCGGAAGCCUGAACCCCCAGGCUCCAGCAGACCAAGAGUUAACCAUUGAUGAUGACCAAAUCAGGUGGCAUACAAGCUUUAAUCAGGCUCUGCCACUUUCUGUGUGCAACGAUAACUGCUAUCCAGGAUACAGCAGGAAAAAGAGGGAGAGGGAGCCAUUUUGCUGCUAUGACUGUGCUGCAUGUCCAAAAGGAAUGAUCUCCAACAGGAAGGACAUGGCGACCUGCAUCAGAUGUCUGGAACAGUUGUAUUCCAACAAGGAACAAACUCAAUGCAUUCCCAGAAUUCCCAGUUUCCUUUCUUAUGAAGAAACCCUCGGAAUACAUUUGACAAUCUUGACUGUUUACUUCUCCUUCAUCACAGCUCUAGUGUUUGGACUCUUUCUGAAGCACAAGGACACCCCAAUAGUUAAAGCCAACAACAGGAGUAUCACCUACAUCCUCCUCAUUUCCCUCCUUCUUUGCUUCCUCUGCCCCUUGCUCUUCAUUGGGCAACCUGCAAAGGUGACCUGCCUUCUCCGACAAAUGGUGUUUGGCAUUGUCUUCUCUGUGGCCCUUUCCAGCAUCUUGGCCAAAACCAUCACUGUGCUUCUGGCAUUCAUGGCAACCACACCAGGGUCCAGGAUGCGGAAAAGGAUGGGGAAAGGACUUGCCAUAUCAAUUGCCCUUUCCGGCUCCUUGAUUCAAACAGGCUUUUGCUCACUUUGGGUAAUCACAUCUCCUCCUUUCCCAGAUGUGGACAUGCACUCACUGGAUGGGAAAAUCAUUCUAGAAUGCAAUGAGGGCUCUGCUCACAUGUUUUACUCUGUUUUGGGCUAUUUAGGUGUCUUGGCAAUUGUCAGUUUCAUUGUGGCUUUCUUAGCCAGGAAGUUGCCUGACAGUUUCAAUGAGGCCAAAUUUAUCACCUUCAGCAUGUUGGUGUUUUGCAGUGUUUGGUUCACCUUUGUCCCAUCCUACCUGAGCACCAAAGGGAAAUAUGUGGUGGCUGUGGAGAUCUUCUCCAUCUUGUCUUCCAGUGCUGGGCUGCUGGGUUGCAUCUUUGGACCUAAAUGCUACAUUAUUGUUCUCAGGCCUGCACUGAACAGCAGGGAGCACCUAAUGAGAAGGAAAAACUAA